AAUGGCAUGUAUUUUAUGGAAAUCCCUUACCGUAUCCGAAUUUCGUCGAGCUGGUACGGCUGAAAACAGAAAUAGUAUUUUAGCAGUUUUCGACUCUUCAAUGAAACUUACAGGAAAAACUAUUAUAGUAACGGGCGGAAGUAGUGGUAUUGGUAAGGAAUGCGUAAGAGAGUUUGUAAAAAGAGGAGCCCGAGUCAUAAUAGCUAGUAGAGAUUUAGAAAAGAGUAAAAGAGCUGAGGAAGAGAUAAAAAAUGAUCUGAAAAUAUCUCAAACGACUCACAUGGGAGAUAUAGUGAUCAAAAAACUUGAUUUGUCAUCGCUGGAUAGCGUUAAGAAUUUUGCUUAUCAAUUUAAUGAAGAAGAAACAAGAUUGGAUAUCUUAGUAAACAAUGCUGGAAUAUAUAAACCAGAUUGUUGGCGUUCUCAUACAAGAGAUAACUUAGAAAUAGUUACAGUGACUAAUUAUUUGGGACAUUUCCUUCUUACUAAUCUAUUAUUAGAUAAAUUGAAAUUAAGUGCACCGAGUAGAGUAGUAAAUUUAUCUUCGUUAGCUCACUACUCCAUAAAUUCCAUGGACUACGAUGAUUUCAACCUGAAUCAAUCGUGUUUUAUGCCAUCUGAUUUUUAUCUUUAUGCAAGGAGUAAAGCUGCAAUGGUAAUGUUUAGCACAGAAUUCGAUAGAAGAUAUCGAGAAUAUGGAAUAACAAGCUACAGUUGCAAUCCAGGGAUUGCCGAUACAGAGUUGGGACGUAAUAUAAAUCCAUUGACCGAUUUUUGCUUAUAUUGUCUUUCAAACUGUGCAUAUUUUAAGCAAAAGUUAAAAACACCUCAACAGGCUGCGCAAACUCCGAUAUUUUGCAGUCUAGAACAGGGUUUAGAGACAAAGAGCGGAUAUUACUUUUCGGAAUGCGAGAAUAGGAUAGCGUCCAGAUAUUGCCGUAGAGAGGAUAAUAUGAAAAGACUAUGGGAAGUCAGUAAAGAAGCACUUGGAAUUUAA